AGUUCAGACCUGUGUCUGCCGCAUAGCUGAAAUCUUAAGCAACUCCUUCAGUCUGACAUGGCAGAAAAACCAAUGCGUAUGUCCACACAAAUACCCGAUGAUGAAGAUAUACCAAAAGAGGAUAAUAUCCGUUGCUUAACUACGCUUGGUCAUUUUGGUUUUGAUUGUUUGCCUCAUCAACUGAUGAACAAAUCUGUUCAGCAAGGGUUCUUUUUAAAUAUUCUCUGUGUGGGGGAAACUGGGAUUGGAAAAUCAACAUUGAUCGACACACUGUUCAAUACUAAUUUGAAAGACAAAAAAUCCUCACAUUUUAACCCAAAUGUUGGACUUAAAAUUCAGACAUAUGAACUUCAGGAAAGCAAUAUUCAAUUGAACUUAACUGUUGUGAAAACAGUGGGGUAUGGUGAUCAAAUAAACAAGGAAGCCAGCUACCAGCCGAUAGUUGAGUACAUAGAUGCCCAAUUUGAGUCCUAUCUUCAAGAAGAAUUGAAAAUUAAGCGUUCCUUUGUUGACUACCGUGAUUCCCGUAUCCACGUGUGCCUUUACUUCAUUUCACCUACAGGACAUUCUCUGAAAUCCCUUGAUCUAUUAACCAUGAAGAACAUUGACAGUAAGGUGAACAUUAUACCACUGAUUGCCAAAGCAGAUACAAUUUCUAAAAAUGAUUUACAGAAAUUUAAGUGUAAGAUAAUGAGUGAAUUGAUUAGUAAUGGCAUCCAGAUAUACCAGCUCCCAACAGAUGAAGCUACCACGCGCGUGAACACCUCAAUGAAUGGACUCUUACCUUUUGCUGUAGUAGGAAGUAUGGAUGAAGUGAAAGUUGGAAAAAGAAUGGUCAGAGGCCGUCAGUACCCUUGGGGAGUUUUACAAGUGGAAAAUGAAAAUCACUGUGACUUUAUUAAGCUCCGGGAUGUGCUUCUUUUUACAAACAUGGAAGACUUGAAAGAACAAACCCACACUCGGCACUAUGAACGUUAUAGGUGCAGCAAACUUCAGAAAAUGGGAUUUACUGAUGUGGGUCCAGACAACCAGCCAGUUAGUUUUCAAGAUAUCUAUGAAGCCAAAAGGCAGGAUUUCUUGGAUCAAUGUCAGAGGGAAGAAGAAGAGUUGAAACAGAAGUUUAUGCAGAGAGUAAAGGAGAAAGAAACAGCAUUUAAAGAAGCUGAAAAAGAGCUACAGGACAAGUUUGAGCAUCUUAAGAGGGUCCAGCAAGAGGAGACAAUGAAACUUGAGGAGGAGAGAAGACAAUUGGAAGAAGAAAUAAUAGAUUUUUAUAAAAUGAAGGCUGCCUCUGGAACAUUGAAGACUCAGGGGUGUACCAAUAUAAGGAAGGACAAAGAUCGUAAGAAAUAAUCCUCUCUUACCAUUCUGUGUGUCAUAGAGCCCUAUCACUCUCAAUCCCACUUCCUGUGAGAUUUUUCUCAUAGCACUAAUUCUGAUUGAAAUUAUACUAAGUUUUAAAAUCUGUUUGCUUAUUGUAUAUUUUCUCCAACUAGAAUGUGAACUCCUUGGGAGUAGGUACCUUGACCAUCUUGGUAAAUGUUCUGUCCUCAGUGUUUAGAACAAGAGUAGCACAGAAUUAGCACUCAAUAAAUAUUUGCUAAAAUGAAAGAAAAUCAAAGAAUUAUAUAGCACAGUGUAAAAAGUGAUUAGCUGUUGAAAUUCUUUUACCAUAGCCCUACCUGUGGCUCCAGGGACCAAGUGUAUAUAUACUAUUUCAUAUCUAAAUAGAAGUAGGGGAUUUGUUGGCAUAAAAUAUUAUGUUAGAAAAGGCUAAUUCUUAUGCUGAUAUUUCUUAACAAAUUCUACUGAUAAUAAUUUCUUAAUAGUUUUUAUUAAAUAAAAGAUUGUUU